AGUUCUCUUCUUCUCUUUUUAUGCUUCUUCUUUUCAGUCGGUUCAAUUUUCACUGCUCACCACCACCAUUACCAAAACCCUAAGCGUAAAUUAGCUACCUGUCAGUAGUCUCCUUACACUGAUUCAUUACAUAUAUAAACCAUCACAUCUCAGCACAAGUUAGCAUAGUUACUGUAUCUCCAUCAUUUCUCGAUUUUUCUACCAAUUUCAGCAUGUUAAGCUAAGAAAAAGAAGAAAAGGUUUCUUUUGUGGUAUAAUAAUUUGGCACAUGUGGGGUCUUCCAAAUAUUCGUGAAGCUUCCUCUAUGUACAAGAGGAUGCCUUCAAGAGAAAGAGAGCAUGCCAUUGUAGCUGAUAAUGCAGGAAAUUUAGACAUGGAAUAUUUGGAGAAUGGUAAGGUGCAAGAAACUACAAAUCCUUCUUGGAGACUUUCUUUGCCACAUGUACUUGUUGCCACCAUUUCUUCCUUCUUAUUUGGAUACCAUCUUGGAGUUGUUAAUGAAACACUAGAGAGCAUUUCGUUGGAUCUUGGGUUUGGAGGGAACACCCUAGCAGAAGGUCUAGUUGUGAGUAUUUGCUUGGGAGGUGCCUUUCUUGGAUCUCUUUUCAGCGGUUCCAUUGCAGAUGGGGUUGGGCGACGCAGGGCUUUCCAGUUGAGUGCUUUCCCCAUGAUUGUUGGAGCUUCUUUGAGUGCCACGACAAAAAGCCUGGAAGGUAUGCUUCUAGGAAGAUUUUUAGUUGGAACUGGAAUGGGUCUGGGUCCACCUGUAGCAUCUCUAUAUGUGACAGAGAUUUCACCUUCAUUUGUGAGGGGUACCUAUGGAAGCUUUAUUCAGAUUGCAACCUGUCUUGGAUUAAUGGCAUCCCUUCUUAUUGGAAUCCCAGCUAAGGAAACUGUGGGUUGGUGGCGGGUGUGUUUUUGGUUGUCUCUCAUCCCUUCAUCAAUGCUUGCCCUUGCUAUGGAGUUCUGUGCAGAAAGCCCCUAUUGGCUUUUCAAGAAAGGAAGACCUGUUGAAGCUGAAGCUGAAUUUGAGAAGCUCUUGGGAGAAUUCCAUACAAAAUCUGCAAUAGCAGAGGUAUCAAAGUCUGACAGAGGGGACGACAUGGAAACGGUCCAUUUAACAGAAUUACUAUAUGGUCGCCAUUUUAAAGUUGUUUUUAUUGGGUCAAUCCUCUUUGCUUUACAACAGCUGUCUGGUAUAAAUGCUGUAUUCUACUUCUCUUCAACUGUCUUUAGAGGCGCUGGAGUGCCUUCGAACCUGGCAAACAUCUGCAUUGGGAUAGCAAAUUUAUCAGGGUCAAUUGUUGCCAUGCUGUUGAUGGACAAACUCGGAAGGAAAGUGCUUCUUUUGGGAAGUUUCUUCGGAAUGGCAUUUGCAAUGGCACUCCAAGUUACAGCUGCAAGUUCCUAUAUUCCAUCAUCUGGAGAGCUGUAUCUGUCUGUUGGUGGGAUGUUAUUGUUUGUCUUUACAUUUGCAUCGGGGGCUGGUCCAGUUCCAGGUCUUCUCCUACCUGAAAUAUUUCCAGGCCGAAUCAGGGCAAAAGCAAUGGCUGUCUGUAUGUCGGUACAUUGGGUGGUAAACUUUUUUGUGGGAUUGCUGUUCUUGCGUUUAUUGGAACAACUUGGACCACAGAUCCUGUACUCGGUUUUCACUAUAUCUUGCCUGACUGCAGUAGUUUUUGUGAAGAAGAACGUGGUGGAAACUAAAGGAAAAUCACUUCAAGAGAUUGAGAUAGCACUUCUUCCUCUGGACUAAAGGUAUUUCUUGUUGCCGGCCUCAGUUUCUGUGGCAUAAUUGUAUCUAUUCUUCAAGAUCAUCCGGGCCGAGUCAGAUCCAACCAACCAGGGUAUAGCCCUUUGUGAAGGUUGUUGGACUGAGUAUUUUUAUUCCCAUUGACCAAGUGUUCUUUCACCGUCGAAAAGAGUGGGAGACUAAGUUUACAGACUGCAGUCCAUAAAUAGAAGACUAGGCCAUUUUUCAUUUCUUGCUUCGUUCCAAAUUCCACUCUCUACUAGCUUCCAGAAUUCUAAAAUUUUCAGUGGGUUUGAGGUUUCAUCUUCUUCUCAUGUAAUUAGACUAGCCACUAACAAUAUGGUAUUGCAAGCAUAAACAAGUUCAUAAUUAGUCCGAGUCUGAAGAUAAUGAAUGCAGAUAUGUCCUUUACCAA